UUUUUCUUAUUUCUGAAACAGAGGAAAUUGUAUGCGAAUAAGUUCACUCAUUCAUAUUCAUAUUUUGAAUAUUCUCAGAGAAGGAAUCGAGCGAGUCACUGAUUGAUUACAAUUCUCACGGACUAAGCAAAAAUGGGAAAUGCUCUAGGCAAAGCAUCAACGGACAUCGGAGGUUUUAUCGGCAAUAUUUUCACAGCACCACUCAAAGCCACACUUGGAAGAUCCUGUUUAGAUGUAUGCACGGGACCAUGGGAUCUCGCAUGUUUCAUAGAACAUUUCUGUCUUACUGAUAUCGCCAAACUGGUGCUUAUAUCAGGCCUCUGUUUCAUUAGUAACCUUCUCUCCUUCUCUUUUCUAUAUUUAGCAAUCAUUAUUAGAUUCUAUAAAACUAUUUUUCUUAUUUUCUGUAUAAUUCUUUUUGUAUUUGUUUAUUUUUUUUCUUCAGUUUUGAUGUUCAUCACCCUCUUGUUCAAGAUUGGAAUCUGCCAGUGUGUUGUUAAAAGCAUUUGCAAAAUGUCAUGUGCCGCUUGUGCAGCGUACUGGUUCGCCAUCGGAGAGAUGGUUAGUUGCUUGUGGCACAGUUUGACUAACGUAAAACGGGUCCGUCGUAGUAGAAAACGACUCGGUGAUAUAGAAGCUGCCACCUACGAUUACUCCAGUGAUGACGAAUCGAGUUCAUCAGUCAGUCCCAGUCGAAGAAAGAACAUUAGACCAAAGCGGAGAAGAAGAAACAGACUAGGAGGAAGCAAACACAACCAUCACCAUCAUGGCAGCAACCGCCGCCUAAUAUGGCUACCGAGUAGACAGAUGUCCGUACGAGUUGGAGGCAAAUCAAGAAGAAUAAGUGCCAGAACGAGGAAAUCUAGGAGAGUUAAGAUCCUCAAAGUCAAAGAUGUGGUUGAUUAAAAUGUCUCUAUAGUUCCUUAAAAGCGUCUCUAAACUCAAAAACAGAAUUAUCUCAUUUAUUCAGAUGAAAUGAAACACAAAACCAUUAAUCCAUGUGAAUAAUUUUAUAACCAACCUCUCUCCCUCUCUAUUUGAAUAUGUG